UAGGGCCUUUUAAGAGAAAGCCACACGUUGACAGCAGUAGCCUCAGGCGUUGUCAUGCCUUAUAAAGGCACAAGUGCUUUCCCCCAACAUCCACAGUGAUCCACACUGACUGCAGACUUACCUGAAAGUGCUUUCUAAACCUCGGAGCUCUCAGACGCUUCAGCGAUGCCUGCCUCUGGUGUGUGCACGAACAUUAUCAAUGCACGUCACAGAAAAGAUGGUUUUGGGACCAUUGCCAACCCUGAGAAGUUCCUCAACCAAGACUUCAAACAGCUGAAAGAGUACUGUCAAAUCCGGCGGGUAAGGUACAUUGACGACAUGUUUCCCCCCGACCGGCGGUCCAUCGGCCAGGGGAUCCUGAACCCGUCUGACCUGGCCCGAGUGGAGUGGCUGAGACCAGGGAAAAUUGUUUCCAAUCCAUCCUUUGUCGUUGAUGGGACCUCCAGGUUUGACUUUGGCCAAGGCAUGGUUGGAAACUGCUGGUUUCUGGCAUCUAUUGGAGCUCUGACCUUUCAGAAUGACAUCCUUAAGCAAGUUGUUCCUCUGGAGCAGGUGUUUGAUGAGGAGGAAUACUGCGGACUGUUCCACUUUAGGUUCUGGAGAUUUGGAAGAUGGGUCGAUGUCAUUAUUGAUGACAAGUUACCAACAGUCAACGGGAGACUCAUCUUUGUCCACUCCAAAGACCCGACUGAAUUCUGGCCUGCUUUACUGGAGAAAGCCUACGCUAAGGUGUGUGGUUCCUAUUCAGACAUGACUGCUGGAACUCCUGCGGAGGCUUUGGUGGACUUCACUGGUGGGGUCCACAUUUGUGUCCAGCUGUCGGAUCCACCUCCGAAGCUGUGGGAACUGAUGUGCAGAGCUGGCAGGUCCAAGUCCCUGAUGGGCUGUGGUACACCUCAGGGAGACACAUCUGCCAACACUGUGUUACCAAACGGGAUGGUUCAAGGCCAUGCCUACACAGUCACGGGUGUGAAGGAGAUUAGCAGCCGAGGACAGGUGGUAAACCUGGUGCGUUUGUGGAACCCCUGGGGGACUGGGGAGUGGAAUGGCGAUUGGAGCGAUGGGUCCCCUCUGUGGCAAACCGUGAGUCCUCAGGAUCGAGACAUGUGCCUUUCAGUCCGCGAUGAUGGAGAGUUUUGGAUGACCUUGAGAGACUUCUGUAAGUUCUACUCAGAUCUGGACAUCUGCUGCCUGUGUCCUGACUUCCUUGAGGAGAAUUCCUCUUGUCACUGGAAGACUUCUUUCUACGAGGGCCGCUGGGUGGCAGGAACCACAGCUGGAGGCUGCAUGAAUAACCCAGAUAGCUUCUGGACUAAUCCACAAUAUCGGGUGAAGAUUGAUGCACUAGCCAGUGGAUGUGCUGGCAAGCAGGAUGAUAAAAACAUGCUGGUGUCUCUCAUGCAAAAGCCUGACAAGAGGAACCGACGGCUGGUCCAAAGUCUCCAUAUUGGGUUCUCCAUAUUUAAGGUGCCUGAAGAAUACAAGAAACUGAGGGGCAAGUUUCCAGCCGCGUUCUUCAGGACAAACGCACCGGUUGGCCAGACUAAGACCUACAUGAACGCACGCGAGGUGAUGGAGUUCAUGGUUCUGGAACCCAGUGAAUAUCUGAUCGUGCCGUCCACUUUCCGUCCCAACGAGACCGCCUCCUUCAUCCUGACCAUCCUCUCCAAGGCCGAAACCCACGUCCAUGAGAACUCUGACGGCUAUAACCACGUACACAUGGAAACAGAUGAGCACAAAGAGGAGGAAAAUGGAAAUGACGAAGAAAAUAAGAGAAUCCUGUUCCGCCAGUACUCUGACAAGUAUGAGGAAGUUGAUGCCGAGCAGCUGCAGAGCCUUCUCAAUCACAAAAUCCUUACAGGAGAUUUGAAAUCUGGAGGCUUCAGCAUCGAUGCCUGCCGCAGCAUGGUUGCCCUGAUGGAUACAUCCAUCACAGGCAAACUGAACGGUGAAGAAUUUGUCCGUCUGUGGAACAAGGUUGUCGUGUACAAGGACAUUUUCUUCCGCUGUGAUGUUUCACAAACAGGGACGCUGUCACUGAGUGAACUGAGGAACGCAAUCAUGGCUUCAGGAAAGGGGCUCAAUGAUGACAUGCUGAACUUGAUGGCUCUGCGUUACGGGAACUCCUCCGGACACAUAACCCUGGAGAGCUUCAUCAGUCUGGUCCUUCGCUUUGAGUGCAUGUCACAAAUCUUUAAGGACUUGUCUAAAGAGGUGCCAAAUGGAUCAGCCAUGUCUCUUCGGGAGUCAGAGUGGUUGUAUCUUGCAUUGUACACCUGAGCAGACAUAGAAGAUCAAGAGCAGCGAAAUCAGUUUAGAAAUGCAAGAUGGGAUCUUCUACAAGACUGUAGAGUAUGGCUCCUCUACUUCUUUUACUUGUGGCAGUUGGCACUUUUGCGAUUGAUUAGCCUGAACUUUGUUAUGGACACUCGUCCCUCCUCAAAUCUUACAAAUGACUUGCCCUCUUGAUACAGCGAUGUCAGUUUACAUUUUAACUCUUUAUGCUUACUCACAUUUAGUAAAGAAGCAAUAGUGUAAUAGAGAGGAGUGAAUAGUUGUAAAAUAGUUGCUGUAUUUCACAAUGUAUUGUAAAAUAUUUUCAUGUGAGGACAUUGUUCGUCCAACUUUCUAUCUGCGGUUAAGUCAUCAAGGCAGAGCCAACAUUUUAUGAGUUGUAUUUCCUUUUACUUCUGCCAAACUUGCGCUUGGCUUGCCUUUGCCCUGCUGAAAUACAGGCCAUCAAAAAAGUGUAACCUAUUAAAAACACAAGAUGUAAAGUAACAGUUAAUAACCCUUUUGACAGGAAAGUCCAUGUUCCAUUUGUUAGAUUUAUUAACGUUCAAUGUUCACUUUCUUCUCAUUAGAUUGUGUGUUUUUAGCCUACUAUCUGAGCUGAGCUGUCACAAGUACACUUCUGUUCCCACGGCAGAAAGAUUGAACCGUGUCCUUCAUUUAUCCGACAUACGAGUCGUACUUGCCAAGUGUGAACAUGGAGUACAAAUUUGGUGCACUUGGAAUCUAGAAACGUCUUGUAUAACACAACUAUCGCCUGUCAUGACUGUUAGCUAGCCUCACUGAUGAUAUACAUGUGGUUUUCAAAAGGUGGAUUGUUUCUUUUUUCUGAAUCGUUCUGUAUUAUCCAAAUAAAGGCAUUAUCCAAGGA